AUGUUUUCUUCUCUUAGGAAACCUGCAACUGGCUUCCCCUCUCGUUUGACUAUAACUUGGAAAAGGUACCAGGCAACCACUGCCAUAACAAAACCGCUAGAAGGUGUCCGUGUACUUGAACUAGGCCAAAUUAUUGCUGGACCAUUUUGUGGAUCUAUACUGGGAUACUAUGGCGCAGAGGUCAUAAAAAUUGAGCCUCCUAAAAACGGAGACCCCCUUCGAUCAUGGCGUCAUCUCGACAAAGAUGGACAAAGCCCUUGGUUUCGCAGUAUGGCCCGCAACAAAAAAUCGGUCUGUAUUGACAUAAGAACUGAAGAAGGUCGUGGUCUGGUGAAGGAGUUGGCAGGUAAAGUUGAUGUCUUGAUUGAGAACUUUAAGCCAGGAACAAUGGAGAAAUGGGGCUUGGGUCCAGAUGAAUUAUAUGCCAUAAAUCAAAGUCUUAUAUACACACGUAUAUCUGGUUAUGGUCAGACCGGACCUUAUUCUAAGCGUCCAGGGUUUGCAUCUGUAUGUGAGGGUAUGGGUGGGUUUCGUUCUGUAAAUGGCUACCCUGGAGAGCCUCCUGUUCGUCCCAACAUUAGUUUGGGUGACUCUUUGGCUGGUUUACACGCUGCAUUUGGAGUUGUUAUUGGAUUAUUAGCACGAGACAAGCUUAAACAGUCAUCCAAGGGAAAUGGGCGCACUGGUCAAGUAGUAGAUGUUUCUAUUUAUGAGAGUGUAUUGAACAUGAUGGAGAGUAUUAUUCCCGAAUUUGAUCGUUUCAACGAGAUCAGACAACCCUCUGGUACAACUCUCACAGGAAUUGUCCCAACAAAUACAUAUCCUUGCAAAGAUGGCAAAUAUGUCAUUAUCGGCGGAAAUGGUGAUAGUAUUUACAAUCGAUUAAUGACUGCAAUCGGAAGAUCUGAUCUUACUGGUGAGAAAUAUGCCGGUAACGCUGAAAGAGUAAAAGAGCAAAAGGUUAUCGACGGGGCUAUAGCCGAAUGGACUGCUACACUUCUAUCAGAAGAUAUAUUGACCAUUCUUGAAAAGGCGUCUGUACCCUCAGGAAAAAUCUAUGAUGCAAAGGACAUUGUAGAAGAUGAGCAUAUUAACGCCCGCGGUAUGAUUGAGACUGUAACUGUAGGAACAGUUGCAGACGGUCGCGGAUGGGAUCUCAAGAUCCCUGGCAUGUCACCUGUAUUAGAAUUGACUCCAGGAUCCACAGAAUGGGCUGGACCUGACUUGGGUGCUCACACGCAUGAAGUAUUGCAGUCAGUUCUAGGAUUAUCAAAGGCAGAUAUAGAAGCAUUAGACACAAAGAAGAUUACAAAAGCUUGA